UCCCGAAAUGUGUCCAAAAUGGCGGCAUUAUUGAAUGUGUUGGUCGUUACGUUGUGUUUUCCCAGUGUUAUUUUCAGCUUCUCAUCGAUAGUUACGGUUCCUACCAGGACUUUCACUGUAGAUUAUAAGAAUAAUACAUUCCUGAAGGAUGGGAAGCCGUUCCGCUAUGUAUCUGGGAGUAUCCACUACAGUCGGGUACCUCAGGACUACUGGAAAGACAGACUCCUCAAGAUGUAUGCAGCAGGUUUGGAUGCAAUUCAGCUGUAUAUUCCAUGGAAUGUUCAUCAGCCAACAGAGAACACAUUUGACUUUGAGGGACAGAAUGAUGUGAUGCGAUUCAUGUCCAUGGCCAAUGAGAUUGGGUUGCUGGUUGUCGUGAGAGCUGGGCCAUAUAUUGAUGGAGAGUGGGAGUUUGGAGGAUUGCCGGCCUGGAUUCUACAAAAGAAUCCAAACACAGUUUUUAGGACAAUGGACCCAACAUACAUCCAUUAUGUGGACCUCUGGUUUGACAAGCUGCUCCCGAUGCUCCGCCCCCUACUGUACAGUAACGGAGGCCCGGUGAUCAUGGUCCAGAUAGAGAAUGAGUACGGGAGUUACUAUGCCUGUGACAGGAACUACACCUCUCAUCUCCGUGACAAAUUUGUUUUUCACCUACAAGAUGAAGUCCUACUGUUUACGACUGAUGGUACAUUGGACUCGAACUUUAAAUGUGGCCCUAUACCAGGAAUUUUUGCGACUACAGACUUUGGAGCCUUGUACAGCCCAGAAAGAGGAUUUAGACCAUUGCGAAAAUAUCAGCCCAAUGGACCUUUGGUGAACUCAGAGUUCUAUACAGGUUGGCUUGACCACUGGGGCCACAAACAUGAGACGGUCAAUAAAUUGAUUGUGUCCGUGACGCUGGACCUUCUCCUGAAGUACGGAGCCAAUGUCAACAUGUAUAUGUUUGAGGGUGGUACAAACUUUGGAUACUGGAAUGGAGCAGAUGACCUGCCCUACUUACCGGUUCCCACCAGUUAUGAUUAUGAUGCUCCACUCACAGAGGCAGGGGACAUAACUGAGAAAUACAAACUCAUUUCUCAUGUCAUUUCUAAGUACAAGCCGAUGCCACCCAUUCCUUGGCCCCCGUCUACACCCAAGGCUAACUAUGGACCAGUCAAGAUGCGUUUCGUUGGAUCAGUCCUGGACCUGCUUGAUCACCUGACUCAUGGCCCACCAAUCAAAUCCCUGUAUCCUGUUUCCAUGGAAUCCAUUGGUCAGUUCCAAGGGUUUACCCUGUACAGACAUACCCUGACCAGUGACCUACAGAAAAACACUGUGCUGAACGUCCCUGGAUUGAGGGACCGUGCCUACGUCAUGGUCAACAAGGUGUCUGUUGGCGUGUUGGUGCGAGACACGAGGACAUCCCUGUCUGUCACUGGUAUGAAGGGCCAGAAUCUGGAUAUUCUGGUAGAAAACCAGGGCCACAUCACGUUUAACCGGGGAAUUAAUGACAAUUUAAAGGGUAUCAUACAGAACGUCACACUCGGCGGUCAGGUGUUGCAGGGCUGGACGAUGUACCCUCUACAGCUGGACAACUACUUCAGUUUGGCUCAAAAUGAUCACAGAUCAAACAAAUUGCUUCAACCAAAUGUGACCUUUGACCCCAGUACUCCCUCCCUGUACGUGGGUGAACUGACCAUCACCUCUGACCUCCAGGAUACAUACUUGGACAUGACAGGCUGGAAAAAGGGCCAAGUUUUUAUCAAGUCCCAGGCGGUGGUCAACUUGGGGCGGUACUGGCCCCUGGAGGGUCCCCAGGUACGCCUGUUUGUUCCGGGGCCUUACCUACAGCGAGGUUCUGCUGGUAACCAGAUACUGCUAGUGGAAUUAGAGGGGAGUCCUUGUGUAUCAAGUGGCACGUGUGUGGUCAACUUUGUAGACACCCCCCUCAUCAAUGGGACCGUUCAUAGUCACAGAUGAGAGUCAGCGUCAGCGCAGUAAUUUGUAAACAAAUCACUUAUACUACUCUGUAGUCACAGAUGUUUGCGAGGGAUUUUAUUGCUGUUAAGUGGAUUACAACAUUGAUUUAAAAUCUGCAUUGUUUCCAAUAUUCAUGUAUGAAAUGCAAAAAUCAGUUUAAUUGUGAGAUAUAUUUCAUAUCCUAACCCCCGUAAAAGUGCGAUCUAAAAACUAUUCACAACACGUAAUUGACUUUUAUUGUUACCCUAUUCGUGAUUCAUUGAAUUAAAACCUUGUGAUUAAAUACUUACACAUUUAUGACCCUUUAUAUCUGCAAAAAAUAGCGGUUAUAUUUGAUCAUAGAAGCUGUUAUUGAGAUAUGAAUAGAAGACAUCUAAUUAUGUUUAUACUGCAUACUGAGAAACUUUGGCGGCAGUUAAAUUUUUAAAUUUUCUCCCUUUUUGUCGGCCAUGAUAAGGGCGAACUUAUCAUUACAGCCGACUCUUAGUAAACAAGAUAAUAUGAAUACCAUGGUAGUAAUUAAAUUUGAAGGUUGACGAUUGACAGAGUGAAAAUGUCCCGGUAUACAGUAUGUAAUUGUAACGGGGAUAGGAGUGGGUGAAUUUUGAUACAUACCGGGUAUUAUAUAGUUUUCUGUUUUAAGGAUACCAGUGCCUUACAUCUGUACUCCGGAUACGAGUGAGAGCCAUUCAAUAUGUGUGUAGGUUAUAACCAAUUGUGAUAUGAGUAGGAGGCAUGCUGUAUCUGUAACAGUGAUAUAAAUCUAAUUAAUUGUUCACUUACAUUCCAUAUUCUGGUCAUAUCAUGCGGACAUUCUUUGCCUUCAAUUGAUUAGUUGAUGUAAGAACAUGAAAUUCCAAAAUACAAAUAAAAAAAAACCUAGACUUUGUCUGUUCUAGACAUAUUCCUCCUUUCACAGAUUUGAACAUUUGAGCUGUUAGGUUUAAUUAAGGGUUUUGUAUUGUAUAUACUUAUAUACUAAUUAUGAUUAUAACAUUCUUUUAAAUAAUUUUACUUCUCUACUUAUUUUCCAGUGUGUUCAUUUCCUAAUUUUGAUAAAAUUGUAUUUGCAUUAGGUAAGACUUGAGCCAAACAUGAUUUUUUAAUCGCAGAAAACCAUAUCUUUAAAAGUUGAUUUUGAUCAAUUGAUCUGAACAUGUUGGACCAAAUGUACAUACUUCUAUUGUCUGUUUAAAUUAUUGAAUACUUGUGAAACUAAAUUAAGUUUAAGAAUGAGUUUAUAUAUAUAACUUCUUGCUUAAAUUAGUACAGUUUACUUGCUAAUUGAUUAUACACAUCGCCAGGAAUCUUUAUUUAUGUUGUAUAAUUGUGUUUGAAAAUCAUUACCAGAAGAUGAAAGAAAUCCAUAUUUUUUCAAUGUACAUACAUGUAUUAAUUUUGAUGCAAUAUUAAUUAAUGUCCUAUACCAGUGUAGAAGAUAUUUAUAAUAGUUUCCUAAUGUUUUGGAUAUUUUGAUUCAACAUUAUCAAUAUAUUAGAUAUUUUUUAUAUUUUUCCAAUCUGUAGGAUAUUUUUAUAAAAGAGUUUCAAAAUACAUGGGAUAUUUUGAUGUGAGUUUCUUAAUGUGUGGGAUAUUUUGAUACAAUAUUGUGCCAAUGUGCGAGUGAUUUUGAUACAAAAGUUUUCAAAUGUGUGCUAUAUUUUGAUACAGUAGUUUUCUAAUGUAUGGGAUAUUUUGUUCAAAGUUACAUUAUUUCAUUUACAUGUAACCUUUUCUUGAUGUUAUGAUCUAAUAACAAAGAGAUAACAUGAAUUUAUCACAGUUCAAACAUGAUGACACUUCCUAUUGCUUGAUUUUCUUCUACUUUUGCCAACAUUUUCCAAAUAUGUUACGUUAGGUGAUAAAGUUACGUAUUUGAUGAAGCAAUGAAACUCCUUAUUCCAUCUUACUGGAGCUGAAUCAACCUCGCAUUUGUUGUAAUAAUCACUAUUCAUUCAAUUGCAGAAACAGUGUCUGCUCGCUAUCCCAAGUAGUUUUCUGUGGAUUAACUUCAAACUUCAUAGAAAGGUUCAUUACUAUGAUAGCUUGGACAAGUUCGAUAACCGUAAUUAUCGGGGUUAUGGCCUUUUAUUGAAUUGCAAAAAUUUUUUUAACCGGCCAUUAACUUCAAACUUCAUAGGAAGGUUCAUUGCCAUGAUAGCUUGGACAAGUUUGAUAAACGCAAUUAUAUUUAAUUAUCGGAUCAUAAUUUAAGGAGUUAUGGCACUUUAUUCAAUUGCAGAAGCAGUGUCAUCUCGAAAUUUCGAGUAUUUUCUUCGGAUUAACUUCAAAUUUCAUAAAUAGGUUCAUUACUAUAAUAGAUCAGACAAGCUUGAUACCCGUAAUUAUCGGACUGUAAUUUUCGGAGUGAUGACCCUUUAUUCAGUUUCAAAAAGGUUUUCAAUGCAUUAACUUCAAACUUCAUAGGAAGGUUCAUUGCCAUGAUAGCUCAGACAAGUUUGAUAACCACCAUUGUCCAACUGUAAUUUAUGGAGUUUUGGCACAUGUAUGUACAACCAUACAGACAACUGCUCAUUCAAUGUAUGACUGACGUAGUAUGUUCCGCUUUCGCGGUACCCUUGUUUCAAUAGUCAGUUUUGAAAUAACCCCACACUCCUGUACAGGACUUUUUCACAUAUCUUUUGUAACUUCCCUAUACAAUUACACAAAGUAACUCGUUUUUUAUUUCAAAUUUUUCUAUUUCUCUGGAGUUAUGAUCUUGGCAUUUUUAUACAUGUGCUUUAAUAAGGCAUAUGGUUUUAUGUUUAAGACUUUCCUUAAUUCAACAUAAUUCCUAGUUUAGUUUAUUUUUAAAUCGUAAGUAUUUUAAUAUCAUAUCUAAUAUAUACAUUCGUUCCAAAGGUUUUGUCUUCAAAAUCAUUGUGUUCAUGAAGAACAUUUUUUGUAUGAAAAUUUGAUUUUUAAGUUCAAAAUAUAUUGGCAAAAAGAACUGUACUGCACACAAAAAAAGACACUGCUUAAGCGAAGUUCUAUCUUAUUUUUUAACAUUUAUGCGUACCAGAAAGUGCUAAAGCGUAUCAGAAAGUGCUAAAUGUUUUUUGUUUCGCAUACCAGUUAGUAACGUUGUAUAUAGAUACAACCUGUUUUUGUUCUUUAUACUCUGGUCAGAAAAUGUAGUGAAAUAGAACUUGAAUUUACCGUCAUCUGACUUUAAAGGACAUCCAUUAACAUCUGGCCUGAUUUGUUGGCCUCAGCAGACUGUAACCCUGACUGAAUUAUAACCAGCACUUUUAUAAUCCAACCAAAGGAUUGAGGCCCUUUCAAUGUCAGUGACAACAGGUUUCUCUGUAUACAAUUUCAAUGUACUUAUUUUAAGCUUACAGUAUGCCAUAGAAGUCAACCAUAUAAACUAUUCAUUCGUUAGUACUGAGCAAUUUCCCUGUGUAUUACUGUUCAAAAUAAAUUUGAUCCAUUGUAUUUAUUAUAAAAAUUGAACUUC